UCGGAACUUUGAUGUUAAGAUGGAAUUGAUGACCGCCUUGCAGUGCUUUUCUCAUUCAGGUAUAUGUCAGGACCAGAUCGACUAGAAAUUUUUCUAUCAUGACCUAUAAAUCGGCCAUAAAUACGUUAUAUAUAGCUAUACAAUGCAUGACAGAUAUUGAUCUACCAGACUUUGAUCAAUAUUUAUGAGAAUUUUAUAUUUUCAAUAUUUUUGCUUCACUGGUUGUCAUGCAGUAAUCACCAGCUGGAGCAUAUUAAUCGGUUAACGAGAAUCACACCGUUUGUACCGGGUGGAAAACGAAAUUCGAGAAUUAAUAUUUGCGACAAGUAAUUAGCGGUAAAGUGUAAAUAUAUUUAUAGCAGUUAUUCUCUGCCUUCUCGACAAUAACUUCAGAGAAUCAGGCAAGGUGAACGAUGCGCGCUCAGAAUAUCUACUGACCCAUGACCUCGGGCUAUUGUCCUGUCCCUCCUUGUUUUGCCCUUAUGAAGGUGGUGUGAUCACUGUGAUGUAUCACAAGUAUCUUUACAACAAGUUGUUAAAUUUUGUUUCGUUUGCAGCAUAUUGAAAGUUUUGUUCGUUCAUUUUGUCUAUUUAGCAAUAAAUUGUGAUGAUAUGUUGCCUGCUGGAGCUGCUCGUAUCGUUUGUAGUGGUUUGGCUGAUUCCCACGAAACUGGAAGGUAAAACUACAUUGUACUUUGUUGAGAAUAAGAUACUUACGUGAUUUCGCGUUAGUAUCGUAUAUAGGGUAUAACUAAAAGAGAGUUUACCAGAAAAUCAAACCAGAAACGACCACACCCAAUUUCAUAACCUUUCCAAUAUAAAAAAUUAUGCGAGAGAAGCAUUUUUGCACCUUAGUCUCGUUAUGGAUAUUAUAAUAAUAAACUUGUUUUUGCAUUAACGGUUACAGCCGAUUGUCAAUGGCAAGAGCCGCACGACGUUCGUGUUUCGUGCCGUCUGACCUCUAAGAUUCGGACUAAAUUUUUACGAAAUUUCAACUUCAGUUAAAUCUAAAAAAAUCAGUCAUGAAUUUUUCAAGUGAUUUUGUUAUUUUGUCGUCUCCACCAUCCAGGGGUAUGUUUUUGUCUGUCGACAUUCUGUGGAACAUGUUGCAUAAUGGAUCCAAAAUAAACGUAAGCUUGAAUUGUAACUGAUUUGUGAGUAUUAAAGUUCCACUGAUAUUUCAAUAAUGACUGUUAAAUUUAAUAAAUUAUAGAUCGCACAGCAGUUAGAUUGUCAUGACUGCAUCAGGUAUGAAAUUUGUCCUGGUAUAUUGUAUAGAGUUUAGUUUCUUGUACAAGCUGUAUGUACGUGGAAGUCCUUGGACUCGGAGAUAGACUGUGCACAGACAGUCAUUGGUAUGUCAGCCCAACGCUCCGUUUUCAGGCUGACAUCAAGUCAACUUAUGUUCUUACAAAACUUGAAAGUAUUGGAAUUGGAACAUCCUCGUACCAGGUGGCCGUGGCGCCAGAGUGUGAGAGAAAAUAGCCUGGGUACGAGGUUGAGCCUUGCAAGUCCUUGAAAGAAGUAAUUAUAGGUAAACUACGUCCAAUUCUUAACUUGAUUGCAAUUUUCCGCAUUACCUUUGCAAAUAUGAAAAAUGCCCUUGCAAAUUCCAUGAGGGAAUCUGCAAUGUUCCUAAAAGCCAAUUAAAUUUUGCUCAAUUCCUGUUAUACGUUCUUACACUUCCUGUUCUGUUACGUGCAUUGUAAUUUGCUAACAAAAAUAAUCCACCAAUGACAACGCUCAGAACCAGGGACGCCGAGAGCUUGGCGGGGGCCCGGGGCAAAAAAUUUUUAGGGCCCCCUAUUGCAAAAAAAUUUUCCGGAAAAAAAUUUUUCGGACAAUAAAUUCUUUUUAGGUGCGUUAUAAUUGCUUUCGUUAGACUUUUCCGCAAUUUUCCAUACCAAAUUUUGGUUCAUUGCCCCCCAAACACAAAUAUUUUGGCCCGAAAACAGAAAUAUUUCGCCCGAAAAAAUGACUGGGGCCCAUUAAAUUUCUAACAUUAAAUUUCUAGGGGCCCCCAGAGCCUCGGGGCCCGGGGCAAUUUGCCCCCCCCCCCCCUGCCCAACCCCCCCUCUCGGCGGCCCUGCUCAGAACACGAAGUCAGAAAUUAAAACAGGAAGUUAGGAAAAUCUGAAAGGAAGUUUCUCUGCAUUGGAAUACUGCAACAGUUGAUAGGAACAUUGCAAAUUCUCUCAAGGGAUUUGCAAGGGAGUUUUUAAAAUUUGCAAAGGUAAUGAGGAAAAUUGCAAUCAAGGUAGAAACUCAAAAGAGGAACGCUUGACGUAGUUUACCUGCAAAUGUUCGUAAAUUGUUCUUGCUUUAGUUUUUGGAAAAACGGAUAUUUUGUUUAAUUGAUUUGUUCAUGUCUUAAUUAAAGUGUUUAUGAUUUCUAACUUUUCAGGCCUUUAGUCUUUGAAUUUUCUGAUCCAUGAACUUGAAAGUUGUGAAUUUUACUCUUCCUGACCUGUACGAAUCCUGCAGCUAGUAAUAUAUUACUUAAUAUAUUACUAAUAAUAAAAAACACAAACGAAAAAGAAACACAAUUGAUAACUAUAACUCAACGAAGCCGUGAACAUAAUAAUUUGUGCAUAAUAUGUGGUUAUGGUAUUAUACAGUUUUCUCAAUAUUUUAGAGCUCUCAACAACGCAUUCACAUAUCUCAUAACGAAAGGAUAUAGUCAAGCUGAUAAACAACUAAGGUAUUGUUCUUUAGCCCUUGAAUGUAACCAGGUUAUGGUCCUGCAAAUUGAAGGAUUCUGCAACUUUAUUUUUUGAAAGAAAAAAAGGGAAGGACAUGGAACGUUCUGCCAUGUCAAACGCUGAGAAAGCUUUCUUCCUUCUAUCUAUCUGCCCAUCCUACUUUCCUUCGUUCCUUCCAUCUUUGUAAUUUGUUCUUUUUUAUGAUUUUAUAAUGUAUACAAUGUUAUACAUAUUAUAAGUAAUACUAAUUAACUUAAUCAUUCUAAUGUGAGUGGCAAAUCUGUAUAAAUAAAUUAAUUAAUUAAUAAUGGUAUUUAAUUUGUACAAUUUAAAUGUAUUUUUUAGAAAUGAUAUUUUAGUCAUAGCGAUCCUGAUUGCACAAUGUCGUCCAACUGCGCCAUUUGUGGUAGGAGAUUGAAGUUUUCUCUGAUAUAGCAGUGUUCUUUAUUUUAAAAUAUUAAUGUUUUAAAAUUUAACACUUUAAAUAGUUUAAAGGACUCUAAAGCCUAUAUUUCUUUUGUAUUUCUAGGAAACUGGUUUCACCGACCUUGUGGCAUUAUGUUGUACAUAUACGGAAGGUAUAGACAUUUUCCAUUUGUUUCAGUGUUGAAACCCGUACUGACAGAGCAAAUUGUGCUGUUUUAACGC